AUGGCGGCCCAGUGGGCUCGCCAGACGGUGCAGAAGCUGCAGGCGCGCCUGGCCACCCACGCCCACGACCCUCGCGAGCUCCGCCAGUGCUUGGAGAGGCUCUCCGUCUUGCCCAUGACAGGGGACAUCCUGGCCGACACCGGCGUCCGAAAGACGGUGAGGGGCUUGCGCAAACACCAGCUCGUGGGCAGCUUGGCCAAGGAGCUGGCCGCCCGUUGGAAGAUCCUGGCUCUGCUGGAUCGCGAGGCGCGGCCUGAGCACCGGGUCGCUCCUGGCGAGCGCCCCGCAGAUGCUCUUCCUGGGCGGCGGCAGCACGGGGAAACGGACGCGCAGCGGGAGCUCGGGCCCCCUGGCAAGCGAGCUCCCAGUCCCGAGGGCGCGACAGAGCACGGGAGGAAGCGCCCCAGAGAGGCACCAGCUCCUUCCUCAGACUUCCUCAGGCUUCAGGCCCCUCGGGGGGGCUCCGCGGGGCCCCCUCAGGUGGCCCGGCACCCGUCCACAUCCCCGCGGGAGCCCGGACCCGCUGCUCCAGCGGACAUCUCUGCAGUAGGCGGAACCCAGGCCUCCCACGAAGGGCCCGGGCUCCGGCCACGCCCAAGCACCGAGAAAGAAUUCCAGGAGCCCGCCUCGUCUUUUCAGGCCUGCCUACACUAUGAGGAGCCCCCGAAGAAAAAGAAGGCGCCUGGCAAAACUUCUGCCACUUCUACACUGGCAGAGACACAGCCGACAAGAGGUGCCUCCCAAAGCGGCCCCCGAGACUCCGACUUGCUGGGGAAAUUACCUAAGGUGAAGGGACACGAGGAGCCCCAGAAGCCGCAGCCGGCCGAAGCCGAUGCGGCCAAGCUGGAGAAGGUGUCCAGCGCGGCCGCGGCGAUGCCGCCGCCGGCACUCCCCUUCCCCGGGGCGCAGGCCAGCUGCAGUCCCCUUCCCGCCCUCCACGCCAGCUCCCCUUCCACGCACUGGGAGCGGCAGCGCCGUCUUGGCUCCACGAAGGGGAAGAGGAAGACCAAGACGGAGAGGAAGAUCGAGCGGCAGAGAGUGUAUUCCAAGAUGCCCGUGUAUUCUGGCUCCAAGCGGGGCUCCUUCCGCCGCCGCCGCUGCCGCCGCCGCAGCCAGCAGGACAUGCGGGAAGAGACAGGGCUCCUGGAAUGCUCCUCGGAAGGAGCGGGAACCCCCGACUGCCUUCCCGAGCCCGCCUGGGAGACCUGUAGUCCUGCUCAGCUCUGGCGCACGCAGAAAUCUCGCCACGUUCCGGUGGAACAGACAGACCGCUUGUGGAGAAGGCGUUGCAGCAAAGACUUUAAGGGGGAAACGCCGCGGGAGCGAGAGUCCUGGCGCGAGAUGUACCUGCGGCUUCGCGAGGCCCGAGAGCGGCGACUCCAGGCAGUGGCACCAGGAUUGUGA